AUGCCUUCAGCAAUGGUCUCGCAGACCGCGCAAGGAGCGGUGCUCAGCGUGACUUCGAACGUGCUUGCGCAAGUAAUUUCGUCAUACAAGGAGAAUGAGCCCUUCUCCCUCAGCAUCACUCCAAUCGUCAAAUUUGCCCUCUUCAGCAUCAUCAGCAACCCGCCCAACAUCGUCUGGCAAUCCUUCCUCGAAGACAUCUUCCCGACCAAUGUCCCCACCCCGCCCACCGAGAAGAAGCUCCAAGACAAGCCCGCCGACUCGCAAAUGAGCAAGACCAACGUCCUCGUGAAAUUCAUCCUCGACCAGACUUUCGGCGCUGUACUUAACACGCUCAUGUUCCUCGUCUUCAUGGGCUACGUGAACGAAUCGCCGGCGGGCGCGAGCGCAAAGGGACUGUGGGGCGGCGCUAUGGAAAGAGAGGUCAGGGAGAAGUUUUGGCCUAUGAUCAUGGAUGGGUAUAAGUUCUGGCCGAUGGUGUCGUUGGUGAGCUUCUUGUGGGUGCCGGUGGAUAAGAGGGUGGUGUUUGGGUGCUCGGUGGGGGUGCUGUGGGGGAUAUACUUGAGCUUGUUGGUAGAGGCUUAG